AUGAGUAAAACAAUCAAAAUGUAAUCAAAAUUUAUAAAUUUUUAGAAUUAAAAUCAAAGCAAUAGAGCUUUUUAGAGUGCAAGGGCUUAAAAAAAGUAUAGAAGGAGCCGAAACCUUUCUAAAAGAAGUUAACACUUAUGCUUACUAUCCUUUUAACAAAAUUAAUUGA